CAAUCAUCUGUUUCGAACGUCACACCGCUCCUGUUCAAAAUACAGAGACCAGCAACAUAAGACACAGCAGACAAUCCAACUUGUUCCUUUCGAAAACGCUCAUUUUUUUAAUUUGACAAUUUGUGCAAUAUAUUUUCGUUCAUUGGCGUCGCUCCUGCCAUAAGCACCAAAGAUGGCCGAAGGAGGAGACGCAGACUGGGAGUUGUGCAAAGAGAACAUCCAGCCUCUGAAAGGGGGUCGAGCUAUUGCUGCUUUAAACCAGGCACUCAGUCUCCAGGACGGCUUUAGCUCGGCCACUAACCAACACAAACAGGCAUUUGAGUCUGAACUGCGAUUGUAUGAUGGGGACGACCCGCUUGAUGUUUGGGAUCGGUAUGUAAAAUGGACCGAGCAGACCUUUCCUCAGGGGGGAAAGGAAAGUAACCUUAGCGUGCUGUUGGAGCGAGCGGUGAUGCGCUUUACCAAGGAAAAUAAAUAUCACAACGAUGUCCGCUAUAUUGACUUGUGGAUUAAAUUUGCGGAGAACUGUCCAGAGCCUUUGGAUGUCUACAGAUACAUGCAAGCCCAGGGGAUCGGGACAAUGCAGGCGGCUUUUUACAUUGCCUGGUCUGAGGAGUAUGAGAAACAGGCUAACUACCGCAAGGCAGACACCGUCUACCAGGAGGGCUUUAGGUGUCAUGCUGAACCUCUGGAGAAACUGAAGCAGUUUCACAAAGGUCUGCAGGCCCGUGUUUCCAGGCAGGUGAUGACAGGCAUGUUGGAGGAGGAUGAGGAGGAUGCUGCCAGAGUCAAGGAGCAGGAGAGAAUGUCUCUGGUCGACCUCAAGCACAGGGGCAAGAAGAAAGCUAUCGCACCCAUUAACAGAGUGGGUGCAGCUCUCAGCAGUAAGUCAAGUGGGCUGCCGUCGCAGGGAGAAGCUGCGGCCGGAAGCGGCUCCAACACUCGCUUCAGGGUGUUUGAUGAGAACCGAGCGGUCAGCGCUGCGCCGGAAGAACCAAGGUUGGAGUUGUGGAUGGCUCCGCCCACGUCCAGGGCCAAGGAGAACGAGCAGAGGCCAGAGAAAUGGAGCAGCAUUAAGAUGCCUCAGAGAUCUAGGUUUGGUCACGUCGUCGUAGCUCCUCCCAGCGAGCCCAACUUCCAGCCGUUCGUUGAGGAGUCAGACCAGCCUCCAGCCAUGACUCCGUGUAAGAUCAACCCUGCAGUGAACUCUGUGUUGUCUGCUCGGAAGCCGUGCCGUGAGGAGACGCCCCUGAAGAGACUGCAGGAGCACUCCCAGCAGGCGUCCAGCGGGGCGCAGGGCGGGGCAGAGGGCGGGGCGCAGGAACAGAGCAUGUACUGCAAGGAGCUGCUGCUCAGCGGCGCCUCCGAGUUCUGCUUCGAGGAGCUGCGGGCGGAGCGCUACCGGCAGAGAGCGUCAGGGAGGGAAGGCAGAGCGGGCGCUGCCCCCUGGCACACAGGCCUCCAGACCUCCAACCACACGCUCUCAUUCAGAGCAGCUCAGUAGGGUUAGCAGUCGGGAUGUUUGGAUCGUUGUUACGUGUUUAGUUGUCUGUUAUCUUUAUAUGGUUGUUUGUGCUUUUAGUUUUUUACCAACUGAAUGAACUGUAUUGGUGCAGGAUAGUGCUUAGGGAAACCUGGGGUGCGUCCUACAGUAAUUGGACUACAUGAGAAGGUUCUAUGCCAGUGGCGAGAUUUGUUUUAAUUCAAAUAUAUGGUUGUUGAAAAGGCUUGUAGCAUGAAUAUGGUUGAGUAGAUAAUUCAUGUUACUGAAAUAAGUCUUUAUCGCUCAUUUCAAGUUUAGCUGGUAGGUAAUGUGAAUUUGCUUUUAAUAAAACACAUUUACUUUA